AUGUCAGAACUGGUACGGCCAAAAAAGCCGCCAAAAGUGGCAAAAGCAGCGGAGACAGCGUUUACACAUAACGAUGAGUCAUCUACAAGGCCUACAGUUGUCCAAGGAUUCCGCUUCCCUGAUGUUCCAGCUCAUCAUCCUUCGAAAAUUGUACGCCCAGAGCCCUCCGCAUCCCCAGAACCUGAAGAGCAGUAAGUACUGAUAUGGCUGCUCUCCAUUGGUGGGAUUUCAGAGUUCUGAGUGAUGUCGAGGAGGAAAAUCCCUCAUCAAGUGACCGAAUGUUGCCAAGAAGAGCAGCCCCGUUGCCUCCGAGUGUAGUGCGAACGCCACCGCCGUUGCCUCCGAGAAAUUUGAUUUUUCCUCGUUCGAAAAGUGUCCAAUCGGCCGAGGCAUCUGUCGAAGCAGCAUCGUAAAUUUUUGUAAUGAGAGGAAAUGUUUUAUUAUAUGUUUUCAGAAUUGAGCCGUCGUCUUCAAAUGUCGCGAGGUAUCCAACGGUUCCAGAAUUGGCUGAGCUUCCCGCUUACUCUGCUGUCGUCGAACCACCGCCGCCUUACAGUUUUCGCGAGGCUGGAUUGGCUCAUUCGCAGUCUGUGAAUGCUAUUCCGGUGUGUGCUCACUUUAUUUUCCGAAAAGUCGAUACGCAGGACUCCUGAGACCCUCAGCAAUUCAUUCUCGUUGGAAUGUCUACUUUCACGAAAUGAAAACCUUGCAGCAAAAAAUACGGAGCGGGGUUGCGCUGGCCGAAGCGCCUUCUCUCUAUCCAGCCAUCGAGGACCUCGUCUUCGAACGCGAUCGCCACGGCCUCCUCACGGAAGCCGAACUUCUGCACUUUUAUCACAAUCCGCUCUACGAAGCCGCCGAUCAAUUUGUCGAUAACUUUGUCGAGGUGAUUAUUUUCAAUUUCCGAAAUUUCUUGCACUCUCACAUGAAUGUGAAAUUUAGAAAAUCAUACAAAUUUCUUCAAAAGAACGUGUCGCGAAAAUCGCGACGUUGUUUUAAAAAAAACUUAAUAAUCGUCACUUAUAAGGUAAAAUUGGAACUCUCAGCUUCGAUUUAAUGCGUUUUUUUUACAAAAUCCAAAAUAACUAAGACUUGUAACAGAAGAAAUGUGAAAAUUGUAAGAGUAUCAAAAGGUGAGAAGUUUGUUUUUUUUUAUUUUUUGCAAGUGAGAGAACAUAUUCUCUGCUUAAACAGCUUUUGCGCUAUUUCUCGGGAUUUCCUAUUUUUAUUUUUAAGGCUCAAGAGCUUCCUAACGAAAGUGGUCCACUUUUCAAGCUUCUGAAAAGGCUGAAAGCCCUUUGUGAACAGAUGGUUAUCAGUCAGGUUUCAAAUUUAUUUCAGUAACACAUAAUCUGGAUUCAUUCAGAUCAACGAAAAAGAGAAUACGGAGGCUCUGCAGGUUUGUCUACGAGAAUGCUGGCAGAUCCAGCAACAGUUCGUAGACACUCGGGUUAGUUAGCGAGAAGAAGCUUUAACACACGUUCUCUGAGAUUUUCGAAAAUACGUUAGUACAAUAAUUUUCAAGUUUGUUUUUUCGAGCUGAAGUUCAUGUCACAUAUACUAUGCGACCUUCUUAACACAUGACACCCGGUUUUGACAGGCUCCGCCCACUUUCAGGGUUAUGGUGGAGAAAAUACCGUAAAAAGCUAACUUUUUUCCUGGUCGAGCAAAUCGGUUCAAACCAACUGUAACGCAAAGAGCACGUCAUUUUGAACAUUUUUCAUGUUGGAAACUACUCUGGAAAAAAUUUUCUUCUUGUGGAAAAAAAUCGCUGAAAGUUGAAAAAUGACGAUUUCCGCAGUUUUUGAGCUCUACUAAAACGGGGACCCCCGAUGGCCUUGAUUUUUAUUUUCUCAAUCGAUGUAUUGAGGUCUUGUGUGUUCGAAAAAAAUAUCCCUAUAUUCAAGUUUUAAGUGUCGUAGUACAUCACCAUCUCAAAGAACGCGUCCAACUUGAAAUUGGCCAAAACUUCAAAAAAAUCCAUAACUUUUUUUGAGAGUUUGAUUUCAGUUGAGUUUUUUUGUUCUUGAUGUACUACAACUAACUUGUUUUCAACUCAGGACAGUAAAAAGUGGAAAAACGAGAACUUGAAAAAUUUUAAUUUUCAAGUUUUUCGAUUUUUUUGGACUUUUUUUGUUUUUUUCCCCCCAGCUUUUUCCGUUUUUAAGCUCUGCUGAGGAGAGGACCCUAGAAGGCCUGGAAUUUUUAUUUGAUAAAAUGAAUAAUCAGGUCUUGCUUAGUUCAGAAAAAAUAUUCCCGUCUUCAAGUUUUAAGUGUUGCAGUUGACCACCGAAGCGCCGAAGCUGGCGACCUCAAAAUCGAGUAAAAAUGAAAAAAUUAAUAAACUCAGUUUUUUCACUUGAAAGUGAAAGGUAUCCUUCCCAAAAACUUUUCUUGAGUACAUCUCAUUGAAAAAAUGCAUUUUGCCUGUGAAAAAAUGACAUUUUUUCGUUUUUUCCAAAAUUUUUCCACUUCAAGGUACAUUUUCCGGCCUGAGAAAUUUCAGUGUCCGUUUUUCUGAGCGAAACUUUUUUCAUGUGUCUUCUGGACCUUGCAUAUACCUGAAAGUAAAAAAAUUGCCUCAAAAUUCCUUUGAAACUCGGAGAAAAAAGAAAGAAUUCGCUCAGAAUCAACCUUUUGCCAGAAGAAAGUAUCAAAAAAGAUCUUGAAAAAGUCCAGAAAUACGAGAUUCUGAGCGAAUUCUUUCUUUUUUCUCCGAGUUUCAAAGGAAUUUUGAGGCAAUUUUUUUACUUUCAGGUAUAUGCAAGGUCCAGAAGACACAUGAAAAAAAGUUUCGCUCAGAAAAAAACGGACACUGAAAUUUCUCAGGCCGGAAAAUGUACCUUGAAGUGGAAAAAUUUUUGGAAAAAAACGAAAAAAAUGUCAUUUUUUUCACAGGCAAAAAUGCAUUUUUUUCAAUGAGAUGUACUCAAGAAAAGUUUUGGGAAGGAUACCUUUCACUUUCAAGUGAAAAAAACUGAGUUUAUUAAUUUUUUUCAUUUUUUUACUCGAUUUUGAGGUCGCCAGCUUCGGCGCUUCGGUGGUCAACUGCAACACUUAAAAACUUGAAGACGGGAAUAUUUUUUUUCUGAACUAAGCAAGACCUGAUUAUUCAUUUUAUCAAAUAAAAUUCCAGGCCUUCUAGGGUCCUCUCCUCAGCAGAGCUUAAAAACGGAAAAGCUGGGGGAAAAACAAAAAAGUCCAAAAAUCGAAAACUUGAAAAUUAAAAUUUUCCAAGUUUUCGUUUUCCACUUUUUACUGUCCUGAGUUGAAAACAAGUUAGUUGUAGUACAUCAAGAACAAAAACUCAACUGAAAUCAAACUCUCAAAAAAGUUAUGGAUUUUUGAAGUUUUGGCCAAUUUCAAGUUGGACGCGUUCUUUGAGAUGGUGAUGUACUACGACACUUAAAACUUGAAUAUAGGGAUAUUUUUUUCGAACACACAAGACCUCAAUACAUCGAUUGAGAAAAUAAAAAUCAAGGCCAUCGGGGGUCCCCGUUUUAGUAGAGCUCAAAAACUGCGGAAAUCGUCAUUUUUCAACUUUCAGCGAUUUUUUUCCACAAGAAGAAAAUUUUUUCCAGAGUAGUUUCCAACAUGAAAAAUGUUCAAAAUGACGUGCUCUUUGCGUUACAGUUGGUUUGAACCGAUUUGCUCGACCAGGAAAAAAGUUAGCUUUUUACGGUAUUUUCUCCACCAUAACCCUGAAAGUGGGCGGAGCUUGUCGAAACCGGGUGUCAUGUGCUAAGAAGGUUAUGUAGUAUCUCUGAUAGCAAAACGAGCUCUGAGGAACCAACUUGAAAUUCUUGUACCAAGACAUUUCUCAGUUCAUCGAUUUUCUCGGAGAACGUGUGUUAAAUAGUUUUGAAAAAAUGCCAAAAAUUGUUCUUAAUCAUGUGUUUGGUAGGGCAAGUGCCUCGAGAACAACGACGGCUCAGGCCGCGGCGGCUAUCAGAGCACUGUUGCACAGCGGGAACGGAUCGAAGAACUGCGGAAGCUACUGACGGCCAACCGGAGCAACCUGCUGGACCACAUGCUCUGCGAGGAGUCUAUGUUCCGUUCGAUCGCCCUCCAAGUGGGUUGGUCGUUUCUCGGGCUGCAACUCAGCUUCUGUAGGUUCAAUGGGAGGUGAUCGUCAUCAACAACCAGUUCAUGUCCCACAACCACCUCAACGUCCAGAGCGCCCCUUGUCGUCAGUUUAUCAUCUUUUUUUUUUUUAAUUUGUCCAAGCGCAUCGACCGGAGUCAGAAGUUUAUAUCUCGCUCAAAAAGAAAAAUAUCUUUUUCUAAUAAUUCUCUCGUCACUUUUCUUUCACCUCCUUUUUAUUAAUUGAGAAAAAUACUUAAAAGGUAAUGGAAGGAAGCUUUUUUUUUCUUUUUACGAUGGUAAAUUUUAUAAAAAUGCAUUUAUAUGUGUAAAAGUUAUUUAAGUGGUGGAGACGUCGGCGAAGUCGCCGAUGCACACGACUCUCCGAAACGCUCUUUCCGAUUUGUUCUACUUCCUCCGUUUCCCUCGAAUGCCCAAGAGAUUUAGCGAAACCCUCAUCCAGUGGGCUUCGGAGCUGGUUUGUUUCUUCUGAUACAAUGUCGAAUCAUCUGAAUUCUCUCAGGUGUCCGUUCUGAACAUGCGUCAGUCCUGCGAAGACGGAAUUUUCCUUCUUUCGCAUUUGCUGCGACUUCCCUCUCCGCAUGGGGAAUGGUCCGCCCCCUUGGUCCAAACUUUUGUUCAGGUCCGUUUCCUAUGGCUUCACAUCAGAAGGAUUAACAAAACCUCAUUAUUUGAAGUAGAAAUAUUCAAAAAACGUUUUUGAACUAUCCAGUAAUUUUGCUUCAAAACCAAAUUUUUGAAAAAUUGAGAAGGUUAAAUUUCGCUUUGAAAAUUUUUCCUUUCUUUUUUGUUCGAAUUUUCCGUUCUGUAUUUAUCCGAGAAAAAAAUUUUUAAAUUUCACACAGAUUUGCUCUAACGGUAGUAAAAUAGGUUUGAAGGGGAAGUAUGUUCCGGGAAGCUCUUUUUGUUACAAAAAGUUAUCGCGCGGCAAAUCUAUAAAAAAAUAUACAGUAAAGAUUAACCGAAACAAGCUUGACGGAGUUUGAAAGAAAAAAGCUAUUUUGUAUCGUUUAGUCGCCCACGCCAGCAAAAAUGAAGGUCGACUACUGUCUCGCACUUUUAUCCCACAUGCUCAUUCCUAUCAAGUUCGUUUCCACUCUUUUUCUUCAAUAUCACGCAUUUUUCUGAAGAGGGCGCGAGAAGUUCUUGCGACACGUGGCACAGUCAGAGAAAGACGAAUCUUCUUGGGCGAUUCUGGGAAAUGAUGACGUCGACGAGCAAGUUAUUCUUACGAAUUUUCUGUAAUUUCAUAUCAACUUUUGAGGAAGAGUUUUCUUUUGUAACGCUGAACGAGACGGAUUUGACGACUUUGUUCGACCAGAUUCCCAUUUCGGAACUUUAUUCUAUCGCUUACCUCCACGUCUCUUCCUCGUGUGAGUGAAAGUAUCGUUUAUCAAGUAUCUUUCUCAGCCUCGGACAAAGCUUCGCAAUUCGUCUCGUUGGUCGCUUUCCAGUUGCUCCUAAUGAAGGUUUUUUUCUUUAUAUUCAUCUAGGAAAACGAAAUUUGCUCCGAAACUCGAGAGAAUUACCCCAAAACCAAAAGUUGAGACGGUUUCGAAGCAACUUUCAGGCCCCGAUGAACACUCUUUCGCAUUUCAAAACAUUUUCCGUUUCUCUAAAAUACGUCAUCGAAAUGUUUAACAUAACGUUUUUAUUUUUGGUUGAAUAAUGUUAAAAUUUUGAGUUAUUUUUCUCGUUGAUCGAGUGCCCCACUCAAAAUAUUUCAGAUUUUUUUUGGUUGGUAAAAGCCGUUUCAUAGAUAGAAAUUGAAAAAUAAAAGGAAAGUCAUUAAAGUUUAUUUUUUUAUCUCACACGUGUAAGGGAAAAACACCUUCGAAAGCGAAAUAAGCGAGAUUCAUGUUUUGGGGAGUUCAUAUUUCCUUUCCUUUUUAGAUCCUCGACAAUGGUCUCACUACAUAUGCCCGUCCAGGCUACAAGAUGUUUUGCAAGCAGAUCGGAAACAGUCUCCGGUCAGUUCAAAUUAGUGGCUUUGACUUUUUUAUCCGAUCUCUGAGGUCGUGUGCAUGAGCGUUCGCUUUGCGUGAACUUGAUGACGUGAAAAAAAAAUUGAAAACAUGAAAACUUGCAAUUUUUCAAGCGUUUGCAGAUAUUUCAGCCUGAAACUGAAAAAAGAGUAAAAAAAAAUUUUUUUUUGAAACUUUAGAGAUAGCUAUGCAAUUUGAGACAUUUUUCAGUAUAUCAAAGACUGUUUGAGAAGAUUUUUAUAAAAAAAAAGUAAUUUUAUGUGAUAAAUUGGAUUUUUCCAUUUCAAUUUUUUUUUUUGCUUUGUCCAGUAGAAAUUUUUUCUGAUUUAAAAAAUGUUUUAAUUUCUUUGGAUUUACCACUUUUUUCUUUUGUGAUCUUUGCAAAUAUUCCAGAGUUGACUUAAAUUUUUUGAUAGAAAAUUAUUUUACUCACUUUAUCAACAGACAAAGUGUGCGGGAGAUAUGCGUUCACUGGCAGCUGGCCAAGAACAUGUUGAGACCGUCGGAAGCGGAUCAACUGCAGAAGGAAGUAGACCGAGUCGUGCUUCUGGCCCUCAACUAUUUGGUGAACCGAGACAGGUCUCUACUUCCUCUGUUUGAAUGAGUGCAUUCUCUGAACUCCUUUUCAAAUAGUCAACGACCUCGUUUUGUAGUGGCGGACUGUGGCAGUUCAUCGUCGAUCUGCCCUACGACAGCGUCUCGGAGGAGUGUCGCAACAGGUGCGAAAUGGUGCUCAGGUCGACCAAGAAGCUCACGAUUCACGAGAUCUACGAAACUCCUCUUUCCGAAGUCGUCUCUGCCUGUAAAGCAAGUUUGCGGAACUCGAGAAACUCUCUUGAGAAAACCGAUUAAGUGAGACUGAAGGCGCGCGCCGACGUCCUCGGACCGCAGGACGCCGUCUUUUUGGUCAAUUCCCUCGCUGCGAUAGCGGCCACUUCGGUCGCAGACAUGACGUCUUUCCUGAAGGAAAUCAUCGAUGUGACUCCGCACCUUCUUCUUUUAUUGUUUUCCUCCUUCAGGUGUGCUUCUGCGAGGACUCUUCUAGGGAGGUCCUCUACAAAGUCGGAGGCGAGGCGAUCGGCCAACUCUUGGCGCGUCGUCCGUCUGCUCUCGACCAGCUGUUGUCCAUAAUCGAUAGAAAUCUUCAACAUAUGGAUAACGUAUGUGAAUUCUUUAAACAAAUAAACUUUAUAAAAAUCGAAAAGAAAUAUAAUUUACAUGUACUUUUGCUCACAAUUGAAAAAACAUUUUAAAAAAACUCAAAAGAAAAGUCGUUUUUCUGUUUUGUUUUAUGUGGAAUUUUAUGAAAAUUUUUGAAAAGGAAAACUCAUCACGGUCGAAAAAAGAGAAAACCAAAAUCUUUUUUGUUUAAAGGCAUAGGGGCAGUAAAAAACGGUGUUUCAGUUCAAAGCAGUAUUUUGUAGAGCUUUUCAUUGCUAAUCGAACGGUGAACUUGGAAAUGUACCAAACUUCCUAGUUUUGGAGAAAAAAUAAUUCAAAGUCGGAGAAAGGAAAGCUUGAGUCCCCGCGAAAAGGGCGCUUUGCAGUAAAGUUGCUCUAUGGACAACAGGCUUCGCCAUCUUCCGGAUUUUCGCUUUUUUCUUCGUUUCUUUCAAUUUUCAAUUUUUUCUGUUGUCACCAAAGUUCUUUUCGUCACAAAAGCUUUCUAUUCAUGUAUAAUUUGCAAACUUUGAUCGCAAAAAAGCUUUUCUGGUGAAAAAUGAUGAUUUUACACAUGUUUCGAUUGGGAUAGCGAUUAUUUGUGUUUUCUUUGUUAUCGGUGUGUGUUUUUUGUGUUGUUAGUCAAUUUUUCAGAGUUGAAAUCCUUAAUUUGAAGCAGAUAUCCGGUUAUUUCUCACAAAAUGCGAGUCUAAUAAGACGUCCGCAACAUCGCGUGCACGGCUACUGUAAACAUUCGUCCGUAGGCCGAUCCAAAGCAUUUUUUAAAAUUAAAGGGAAAGUAAAAUCGCGUUUUUCUUCUAAAGUUGUCACAUCUGUAAUUUUUUUGAGUACACCAUUCGAUUCGCAAAGAAAAACUAUAUGAGAUACUGCUUUCACCUGAAACCACGUUUUUAACUGCCCCUAUGCCUUUAAAAAAGAAACUAAGAUUUCCUUAUUAUACCUAUACCGAGUAGAGUUCAACAUUUCUCAUUUUCUGAAGUGAGAAAAUUAAAUUCCACCUUUAUCUCGUAACUUUUCAGUACGCAAUCAACGUCUUGUCGUCGGCUCAGCUUUCUGAAUGUCGGAUUUCGCAUCCGAUUCUCAUCAUUUUGGGAAAAUGGCUCAUUAAUAACGUUUGUCUUUUCUUUUUAAUCAGAGCUCGAUACCGAACUCUAAAUCUAAAAAUUUUAAUUAAGUCGGAAACUUAUCAGUUUAAUAGAAAGUUUUAACAAAGAUGUUUAGAUAAAAACUUAAAGAAGUAUACUUUUUUACACCUUUUUCUCAAUGGGAAAAGGACGAAACAACCACUUAUAUUUAUGCUUUUUCAAAAGCUUGAAUGUUUCAUGAGCUGUAAAUAAAAAAAGUGUUUUUGGACAUCCCAACGAACCAUCUAUUAUUGAAGCCGCCGGAACACGCGGCAAAUCGUCUGGCGCGAAGAGUCCUCUCUAGUUUGUACUGGGGUCCAGCGGCCGACGGAUCCACUCUGUGGCUCGACGCCGACACCCACUCGAUAUGUGCUGAGACCGUCGUCAAGGUCCUUUCAAACUCUUUUCCCCAAAAUCUGCUGUCUUUUAGGCGCAUUCUGUGCAUUGCAGUCGUUCCAACGGGAUGAUAGCCAAAUCAGUGCGGCAAAUCACGAAACUGGCAAGCAAGGUUGGAGACGCCGAAACUCACUUCCAGCAGUUUUGCUGGGACAUUCUCGUCAAACUUAAGCUCUCUCACAGUGUUUGUUGUCGUUGAUCUCACUUAUAACUCUUUUUUUGAAGAUAAAUGCGAGUUUUUCUGUUCAAAACGACCUGACAGCUCAUUACGUGCAGAUCGUCCAAAGUUACGAGGAAAGGUGAAUAAUCUUUUCACGUCAUUCUACUUAUUAUUUCUUCCUGUUUUUGGUUCUCACUUCUUUCCAUACUCUUUGACCGCUUUCAGCUCUUUUAUUCUUCUGAAGCCUGUAUGGAAUCUCUCUUUUCAUCUAUUCCGAUUUCCAAUAUUCUACGCUUUUUCCAGCGUCGAAACUUACCUGGAUAAAGCGAUCCCACUACUGUCAGACCUGGUGCAGUCGGGGAGCGCGGUCGCCUGUAUCGUGCUCAUUUCGCGGUUCAUCGCCAGACAUUACACGAAAGUCGACGUCUUCUUCGGCGAAAAGACUUGGCUGGACGUCUUCGAACGGAUUCUGCACGUCGACCAACUCUCGUAUGCCUUGCAAUGGCUCAGCGGGCCUUCUUCAACCCCGACGCCCAUUGUUCGUCUCAUCUCCUCCGGCAUCUCAGUUAUAUUGUCCCAGUUCGAGUAUUUCUAAUUAGGUGAAAUUCAGUACUACAGCAGCCGUCUGGAUAGUACGCGCGAUUUUAUUCGAUCUUGGGUUCAGUUGCUUUGUUCGAAGAGAAACGAUUGGAAUGAAGAUCAGGUUGGUGUGCUUUUCUUACAGUUUAUCCCAAGCAGAACUUUGCUUUUUAUGGAUCUCUUUAUUGAUUUUUCAAAUUUCACAGGUAACCUAUCAAAUACUGGGAACAGUUGUACGGAUAGCAUUUAUAAAUGAUCCUAAGCAUCUUUUCGGAAUACCAGAGUUGCUGCAGGAAGUUUACAUGGUAGCGUCUGGAACCGUCUUUGAAAUACUUUUUCUCAUUUUCAGCAGAAACUGGAGACCGCAAGAGACACGAACAGAGGACUUCUCUCGGUGUUCUCAGGCGACCGACCCCCGCCUCCUCUAGUGCCCACUUCAAUGUUUGGAGUCGCGCCUUUUGCCACUUACCUCAUGCUGUUGGUCGAGCAGAAGGCUUUUAGAUCGUUCUACAAUCAUUUUUUCGACGCUCUUGGCAAAAAAGAGAAGCUGACGCUCGAGGCUGCAGUCAAGGUCACCGCCGCAACCAAAAGAAAUUCGAGAGUCUCCAGUUUUCAGAAGGCGGCUAAUAAGUCUUCGCAGGCCCUCCCACUGCUGCGCCUUUCUGUGUUUCGCUGGGCCGAGUUUGUCGGCUUCUGCAAGGACUCGGCUGUGCUUCCCUUGGUUCUGCAGCAACUCUCGAUCGAAGUAUUCUCGCUGAGAACAGCCAACGGGUGAGAGGCUGCCUCAUCGCUCCCCUCAUAUCGCGUUUCUCCAGGAAACCGACUCUUUUCUCCCGGCGCCUCCUCGACGACCCACAAGCGACUCCUCUCAUGGAAUCUCUGAAGUCGAGUUUGGAGUCUGCGACCGUUGAAACUAAAGGGUUUCUCAUAACUGCUCUUUUUAAACACACAAAUCCUUAAGGCUUGCUCGAGCCGUUUCUGGGUGGAUUUUUUCGAAGCAUGACGUCAUGCGCACUGGAUUCGACUUUUCCGUUUUUGACCUUGACUAUCUCCUACAACUUAUCAUAUCUGGGGAUCUGGUCCGAUUGGAGUUUUGCUUUUUUAAACUGUCAUAUCGUUUUUGCAGAAUAUCUGGAUGGAUUUUCUCAAUAUGGCCGAUUUCAAUUCGGAAGAGUUCAACGAACAAAAAGUAAACCUUUUAAAAUUUCAGUGUUGAUGCAACUCCAGUUUUCGAUGAAUAACUCUGAUUUUUACAGUUAUAUGCCUCUACCUGUCAUUUGAACCCGAAGAUUGCCAGCACAAACCACUUGCGACUGAACAUGAGCUCCCCGAGGUUCUCUUCAGAUCUUGGAACUCUUUUACUGAACACUACUGACAGGAUGAUCUCGACUGCCAGAGGUUUUCCGACGCUUCCCAAGCACCCAGGACUUCCUCAGGCGCCUUCUGUGGAAGUUUCACUUCUCAUGCAGCACCACGCCGUCUCAAAGCUGGCCGAACCUUUCCUGAAGUCUCUCAACUCCUUAGCCAAGUUUUGCCUCCACAUUUCAAGAGAGUCAAUGCGGAUUUCCAGUCAGUACGUUGCCGGAAAUGAUAAGAUUUCGUCCGACGACUCUUCCUAUCACGAACUUGUGUCCGUUCUGUACACGCCAGUACAGCAGACGAUUCCCGUGGAGAUCCGCUGUGGAAUGUCUUGUCGACAGCCUCGGAACACAACAGUUCAGGUUGAAAACCGGCUCUCACUAGUUUAAUCGACUUUUACUUUCUCAGGUCCAGCCUCAUGUCUUCAGUCAAACGGUCGACGCGCAAAUGACCUCGAAUCGCGAAAAAAGAGCCGUCGUCUGGAACGAGUUGACCUCUGGAGUCACCGACAAAGCUGCCGUCGCCACCGCUUCGCUAGAGCAUUUAGCAAGGUUUUUCUCUCCUGUGGAGAAAUCCUUCUUUUCAAUCUCUUUUUACGGGAAGUGCGAUCUGCGAUUUGCGAGCAGACGGUUUCGGGAGUUAUCCCAAACGUCAUUCUUAAAAUUUCCUCACUUUUCUGAAUAGUUAAACACUUCAUUUUUCUCCUAUCUUAUCACUACAAAGUGUUUCUCGAAAUGAAGAAAUCAAAUACCAUAAUUCAGUUUGAUCGCGCGACUCGCGGCUAGCUGUCCUUCACAACAGAGGAAUUCGGCACAGCUAACAGGCAGGAAUCUGCUUUAUCUGAUGACGUCAUCUGUGGGCGACAAUGAACUUCUGUUUCCCGUCGCCUCGGAGUCGUAUCAGCAGUCGUUGUUCGCUCUCGCUGAGGUUCCAGUUCUCUCGGCUUUCUAGAAAAUUCAAUUUUUUCAAGGAGUUUGUGAGGUUCCGGCCGGAAGAACAAUUGCCAGUGAUGAGGUUGGUCCUCGACGGUUUCGUACUGUCCGAUCCGCUCAUAGAAGUUUUUCAACGUCUCUGAAUCUGCCGAAAUAAAUGUUUCUCAGUCCUUCACCCCGGAAGUUCUCUCGCCAAACGAUCUGUGCUCGGUCUACACGACUUUAUCAGAAUCGGUACGCCUUCCAGAACGGAGCCAGCGAGCAUUGAAGUUACUCGGUGAGCUGGAGCACUUUGAACUGACAGAUCGACGUUUGCGGUUGCAGCUAGAUUGGGAAUGGAGCAGACGGCAGCCAACCUCCCAGCACAUCAAUUCUCCUCGCUGCUUCCUAUCGCAUUUGCCAACUUGGCUAGUCAGCCUGAUUCUGCGGCCCAACUCCACGUCCUGUGUCUGCAGGUUUUUCUUUUUCUUUUUAAGUUGAAAAAUUCGUUCCCAGCACGUUGUUUUUUUCGUCUUUCACCACUUUCCGAGCAACUUUCCUGCUGGUCUCCAAUUGGCUCUUGACGGUAAGUGUGAAAUUUCGACAUUAAAUAUUAUUUUGCUGAAAUUGUUUUUUUUUUCUAAUUUUGCUCAUUCAAUGAGGAAGAGUUGGGGGCGCGCCGUAGCGCAACAGGUUGUGUGCCUGCCUACGGUCCACAGGGUCACAAGUUCGAAGCCUCGACCCGGUUUAAGAAAUGUUGGUAGUGGGAAACCACGGCUUCAUAAUCCUCAGCCGUCACACACAAGGACGGAUAUGUAACUUGAGCCAGUCCACUGAUAUCAGGAUAGGACCUCGGCUAAUCGACUUGGGGCGCCAACGCCGCUGAAGCGGUAUAAAGGCGUAGGAAGAAGAAGAAGAAGAAGAAGAACGAGGAAGAGUUGGGACUUCAAAACUACUCAAAAGAAAAAUUUCUGACGACUAUAAAUUACGCCCCCAAACGCCAACUUUCCAGGUUGCAACACAAAUUCCACUCCGACUUCUCUACUUCGGACUUUUGUUGACAGACUGGGUGCCGCGAAUUUCACUCAGGUCAAACCCGAUUAUCAACUCGGAGCUGAGAAGGUUCUUGGACCCAACUCCUAAGGUUGAACUUUAUGACGAUUGAACAGGCGCUGCAAUGCGCGGGAAUUUUGACGGAGAAGCUAGUGGAAGCAAGGAAACGGCUGCCGGCGAUGUACAGGUUCGUCGUCUCGCAACUGCUUGAGAAGAAGAGAACGAUUUUGAAGCCUUUAUAACACGAUUAACCCGCAGAUUGAGUUGCAACUUUAGUGUUUGGCAGACUUUUAUUUAUUUUUUUAGAGUACUUAUAUUCUCGCGAAACUGCGUUUCUUUGAUUUUUUUUUUGUUCUUUUGCAAUUUCUAUCUAUUUUAAAUUGAGUAGUUGUUCAGCCGACAUUAAUAUGGAUAACUAGAACUCCAAAACUUCCAAAAUAUUGAUUUUUUUAGAAGAGAAAAUUUUUUUGAUUUCUAGAUCAAGAGUCAAAAACAGUAGUUUGAAGCAAACUUUUAAGCAACUUUCUUACCAGAAAACUGCGCGGAUUCUUUUUUGAGGAUCAAGUAUUAACUAUGGUCGUUUAUAUACAUGAAUUUCUUGGAGAAAAAAGUUCUUAAAAAGAAAAAUGAGCAGGUUGAAAUAAUUUUCAAAGCAUUUUCCCAAGUUAAAAUUUGUUAAAGUUCUUGUUUUUCAGUGUCUGGGCUCGAUACUUUGAUUCGCUGACACGUUUGGCCCAACUUUUUCUGUAUGUCCCAGUCCGGAACGAUUUUCGGCCGACUGCACCUAUUUACGAGCUGCAAUCGGGUUUGAUUUUUUUAAUAAAAAAAUUUUUUUAUGGCUCGGAUCAAAGAAAUAAUCACCGUUGAAAUAAUUUUUAUCGGAUAUUUUUUUUUUCCAUGAUGAUCUAAUAUUUAUGGCGGAAGAUGAUUCAGACCUGAGCAAUGUUUUCUCGCGAGUCGUCGCCCUUUUCUCGCCCGUCAUAGCUCCCUUCACGCCCUCUCAACCUCCUUUUUCGCCUUCUCACGAAGCUGACGCCGUUCUGGCCCUCGAGCGCUUCACGGAACUUCUCAACUCGUUACCUCACAACUCUGUGAUACCUCCUGGGAUGCAGGUCUCAAAGUUUCUAGUAAGAGGAAAUUGAAAAACUUUUUAGAAUCUCCAAUCGCUUGUUUGGCAGUAUUAUCAUGAAAAAAUUUCCAACUUGACUCAUGGUACAGCACAUUAUUAUGGUGUCAUUGUGAGUUAUACGGCUCGAACCAAAUAAAAAAUGAUUCCUUUUGAAGGAGCGCCAAUUUGCGAAUCUAAAUUGGAAUUGUCUGUGGCCGUCUCCUCGAGGACUCGAAGCCAUGGAGGAAUGUCUGUGGAAUCGUUCGGUUGAUUGUGCACCCUUUGUAGGCCAGAUGGUAGUGAGGGUACCCUGGAAAAACAUCAUUUCAACUCAGGUGCAUUUUGAUAGAAGGGAAGCUUUCUAAUGGGGUUUUUUUUAUCGGAUUUUGAUUUUGAUUGGAUUUUGAAUGAGGAUUUUUUUUUUGGCUCGGUCUAUCCAUUUUGAACCCUUCUGAGUUACCUAAACUUCAGGUGCCGGAGCUGCAGCGUCCUUCGUACUUGGCGACUCUUUUGUCGGUGCUUGUCCGCCUGAUUUCCAAGCAAUCCAACUACACGACUUUCCGUGCCACGCUCCUUGAGCUUUUCAAGUCUCUGUCUGCAAGAACCGACUGGUCGACGGUUUCCGCCGAACAGGCUGACAAUCUCGCUCGGAUCGUCUCUUCCUGUCUGCCGAGUGACGCUCUCUCCAAUCCCGUUGAUUUAGUAGCCGUCUUCCAAAUGUUUGUAAUUUUAAAUGUUUAUCCAGUCAAGAGUUUUUCGAUUUGUCUUCAGGGUUGAGCUCUAGAAAAAUGACUUUCAAACGGUAUUACGUGCUUUCUUCGUUUUAAAUCUUGCUAUAUAAUUUAGGAAGUUGGUUCAUGAUUAAAAACACAAAGAAAUAGGAAAAAAAGUUUAUAGAUGUUUUAUAAACCGAAAAAAACAUAAGGGAAAAAAAGUCGGAAAGGGAUCUGUCGGAAAGGUGGCCGUCGGAAAGUUCCCUAGCAAUAGGAAAAAAUCGUAAAAGUCGCCAUUUGAAUUUUAGCUGGUGUUUUUUUUAUACCACCAACAUAGAAUAAUCACGUAAACAACAGAGUCUUGUUGAGAAGAAAAGAAAGCGUAGAAGUUGGACUGACUGAAUGGCGAAAAGGCUAAAUGUGGAGAGAAAAUCUAGAAAAUUAAGCUGAACUUUUUUUUUAAAGACAUUGUUUCCAACUUUUGUUCAUGAUUUUUUGAUACGUUUUUUUUUGUUGCAGAAUCUGGCGUAAAGUAUGUGGUUUCACUCCGCGGGAAACGUAUUCUGCGGAGGUCCUGAUUAAGCAAGUGACUUGGCUGAGAACAGAAUGUUCUCUUCUGCUCAAAUGCGACGUCGCCGCCGCUCCAGCAGCCUAUAAUUCUCUUAUUUCCGACGUUAAUUCGGUUGCUUCUCAACAUUGUGAGUCCUUUUCUUCUAAGAAACCUUAUUUGUUGUCUUUCAGCGAACCUGCGAUCGUUCUGUGCUGUGACGCGAGAGUUGAAUGCUUUUUGGACAAAUAUUCCAGAUGAACGUUUCGGAGGUUCCAGAUAACUGUUUCAUCCUGAAACCCAUUGAUUUCAGAAGCGCUAGUGAAAGUUUGGACGGAAUACAUAUCCGCAAACGUCACGUCGCCUUUGGUUCUCACUUCUUUGAACACUUUGGUUGGCUCUUUGAGCCUCGAUCAGCUGACGACGGCUUUGAAGUUGCUCGAAAAGACGCUCCAUGUCUACUUCCACCGUCAGUUUUCCGCCACAACACUGAGUUUAUUCCGCUUCUCAGGACCUGAAGCUUCUUGGGCGGAGCUCGUUCAGUGGAUCAAUUUCCCGCUGGCGACGCUCAAAUCAGUUCAGUCAUACCUCAUCUGCGUCCCCACGUAAGGAUGAAACUAAUUAUAGUAUUGUAUACUUUACAAAGCUUGCUUGAACCAAUUGAAGCAACAGUAUCACCACAAUUGAAAAAACUUUUAGCACGCGUUGUUUUUCGUGGAGACGCAGUCAUGAAGCGUUUUCAUGCCCUAAACCAAUCUUGAACAGAUUUAAAAGCGUCUUAUCUCUGGAAUAAAACGCCAUGAUCUUGCGCUUUUCCCUUGCAGAAGGAAAAACUACAAGAUAACUAUAUUCGAAGAUUAAGAUUUUUUCGCAGCUGAAUCAUAGAAGAAAGUUUUUUUUUUCAUUCGUAGAAGUUCUUUUUUAGGCUCUUCCCAGCUGUUCAGUAUUUUCCCAGUACGUCCAUAUUUUAGAUCUGAAAACAAAGUGCACACAUUGAUGCUGACGCUUCGAGUUUUCCUCGAUUGCACGCCCCAAUCGGACGAAGUUUUUUUCGCUCUGCACAACUAUGUGAUCAGCUUGAAGCCUAAGUGAGUUUGGCCAUGUGAAGGAAGAUCGCAAGACGUUCAUAGGCACAUCUCGGACGAGCCGGCGUUUGUGGCAGUGCUGGCUCGCCUGCUCCAGUGGAGCGCCAGAAGGUUUCCUUCCCUUCCUGCGACGUUGCCUCUGAGAGAAGACCUGCUGCCGCCUCUGAUUCGAUGGCUCGGAAAAUCUUCCAAAGACGAUUCUAGCUUCUUUACCACGCUCAUCAGCAGCAAGAAAACUGCUCACUCCCCGAAGUAAACAAGUCGGUCAUUGCUCCUAUCCAUUUCUUGGUUUUAGACUGCGGAUUCUCAUGCAGAUCUUAGAGCUGUACCUAACGCAGCAAACUCUUGGCGAAGGAAAAAGACCGAGAUGUGACCCCAACGCACCCGUUUUGAAUUCGAGGAUUCAGACUCUUCGCGAUCUUUCCAACACUAAGGUUCUCGAAAGAAUGAUACGGAUAGUAUGUCUUCUUCGCUUUGAAACACUGGGAGGCUUUUCAGAGGCUUAAAAGUCGCAGAAAUGCGUUCAUAACUGAAAUAUUUCUAGAAAAAAAAAAACAAUAAAGAAAUAUAUUGACAAUUUAAGAAAGGCCUGAGAACGGCAAAAAAAAGAAGCUUUUGCAGGCCAAUCAGUCGAUGGCUCCGGCAUUCAACGCAGCGACUGUGUUUUUUGUCCAAAUCGACAUCCACAAUAUCUCAUCCGCUCAUCGAUUAUUAAUUUCCGCGGCUACAAAUACAUUUCAUGAUCGUUUUCUUAGAGAUUUAUGAUCGCCCAGAUUGGAACAUAUUUGCGUCUCUUCAAGUGAUAUAUAAAUAAGUGUGAAAACUUUCACGGUUAAAAAAUAGCUUUCUCUACGUUCGGAAACUAUUUUCGGGGUCGAAAAUCUCUCAAAAUUUUCUACACGAGCUUUCUCAUUGAUGUUUCACUAAGAAAUAUUUACUUGUUAGUCAUUUGAAUAUUCCAUCAUGUACUAAAAUACUGGAGCAUCCUACUUUGUCAUUUUAGUUCUCACAGAUUAUCGCUGCUUCCAUGUGUUUCAUAAGUGAUCCCUACUCAUUUCUUUUUUUGAACAGUUUAUUUGCAAAAAAGCUUUCCCGUUUGCAAGUCGAAGAUCAGUUGUUUUUGAUUCAGAAAUAUCAGAAACACAUUAAUUUUUUCUUGCAAUGUUCAAAAUUAAAUUCUUUAAGAAGCCAACGGGAUCAGCUUUUUUUUCUAUGCAGUAUCGCGCAGUGUUUUUUUUUUCGAUGAUAGGAGACGCUUUUAACAGAAAAAAGAGAGCUUUGACAACUAACGUAUAAGUUUUAUUGAAGAAGUUCAAACAGUGAGAGGCAAACUUUUCCAAAUCUGUAUUACGACUCACAUUGAAAAUCUGUAAAAAGUUUCUCCUCCUGAAAAAUAUGUAUUCAGUUAAUCCAUUUUUGCGGGCAGCAUUCAAGUUUUAACGAGUUAAUCAAGAUCGUGUAUUUUUUGAAGAUAAAUUUAUUGCCAGAUUUCGAAUUUUUUUUUAGCAAAAAAAUAUGGUAAAAAAAUCUGGCAUGUGAGAAAAGCGUUCCGUGUCCUGCGCCCCGAUUGCAUGUAGUGUUGUGGCGGGAAAUUUAAAUUCCCAUGCAAGUUUUUUUCUUUUAUUUUUCACCAUCAGUUCUUUUUUUAAAAAUUUAAAUAACGUGUUCAAAAAUAAAUAUAACUAAAUUUGGGAGAGUCAUGAAUAAUUUGCAUAUCGCGUAACUUAAAAAAAUUUCAAGAAUUUCUGUUUCAAGUUGAUUAUUAUUGAAAGUUGUUUCUUUUGUAUUUGUCAUGUUUAAAAAGUGGUGUGUUUUUGAAUUGCUUCAAGCUAUUUUUUUUUUGGAGUUUACUUAUUCAUCGAAUGAUUAAUUUUUUGGUUGGUUUUCUCAAAAAUAAUAAUUCAUCAACGUAUUUUAUCCGAUCUUAAACUUUCAAAUUCACUUCAGACAUGACGACGGCGAAUGGUUUCAAUAUACCUGUUCUCGAUAUUCAAACGAUCGUCAAUCACCUAGCGUUUUUAGAAGUUGAUGUUUGUGCAGAUGACAUCAAAAAUCCACGGGUAUUCAACAUCGAAAAAGUAUUAUUUUGAAAAAGAUUUUCGAACUUUCAGCCACAAAAAGUCCAAAUAAUAUUUCGAGCUUUCUGUAUCAAAGUAUUUGAAAUUGAAGAAUCUAAACUGACACAUUUGCCUUUAACGCUCGAAUUGCCGUCGGGAUUCGACCCAGAGCUUCAUGCGCGAAGUUCUCCACUAGCUAUUUUGUAUGCGAUUUUGUAAGUUCUUUUGUUUCUGGUUUUUUAGCUCUAUCUUUUUUUUAGAAGUUGUUUAAUGGAUUUUUCCGGAGGUAAACUUUCAAUUACGAUGUGCGACCUCAUCAAUCCUGAACCGAGGCAAAUCAGGCAGUUGAUGUCGUUACUUGCAGAUUUUUCUAUAUUCUUGGGGGUGAGUUUCAUGAAGUCAUCUAUACAAGUGCCUGGAAAAUAUUUUUAGACAGCGAAUGAAGUUUUUCGUACUACCAGCUCCGAGUUCGAAAAUCAGCGAGUGGAACUGGAAAACAAGACCGAAAAAGUCUUUACUGAAUAUGAAAAUAAGUUAACUUUUAUUUGAGAUUCAACAAUUAGAACAACGGAAACAAGAAAUGCUAUUUGAGCGAGAAGCUACGAAACGUCGCGAACAUGAGGUUAGCUUCAUUUCAUUUUUCGGUUUUUUUUUCUUCUUGAAAUGUUCGUGAUUGUUUUCCUUAAAUUUUAGUGAUUGUCCUAGACUUUCAAUAGCGGAAAAAAGGGGGUGUUUUUGAAUUUUUUAUCAGAAAGUUCCUGAAUUUUAUCGUUUGCUGCUCAAAAAAAGUAGUUUCCAGAUCACUCUGUUAAAUAAAAGUUGUCAGUAUCUCAUUAUCGAAAAUACUUUUUUUUUUUCAUUCAAUAAUUUUGCUGUUUUUCACUUUUAUAAAAUUUUUUUGAUUAUUGUUAGGUUAAUAAGUUCUAGUUAUUAUUUCUUUUUUUGAUUCCACACAUCAUUAUUUUUUUCGAUUUUUCUAGCUGCUUAGCAAGCGUGAUGAAAAAAAUCAAAGUAUCUAAACGCUCUUGUGGACGAAUAUCACAGCCUCCGAGAGAAAAAAAUGAACUUGUCAAAGACACCGAACGGAUUAUCGAAAAAAAUUGUAAGUUUUCAUAAAUAUUUUUCAAACUAAUUUUUUUAUUUCUUCAGCAACAACAAAAAGACGAAGCUAUAGUUUUUGAAAGCGCAAUCGGAGCGACUAUCCAGUGUGAGUUUUUCAAAUUUAUUUUCUUACAGAAUCAAAUAAUGUUCAAAAUGUCUUUUUUGCUUGGCUUCUUGAUCUUUCUUUGGAGAUAAUGAUAGAAGAGUCGUCAUUUGAAGAAGAGGGUGAUAAAUAAUGUUUUCUAAACUGUUACUAAACAAAAGGCAUGCAAGUUUUAUGGUUUCUUCUCCAUAUUAAAAAAGAAAUUAGUUUCCAGAGACUAUUGGUAGUUUGAAAUAAUUUUUUAAUUACAGGAAAUUGUCAGCUCACCUGAACGAGUUACAAGAGAAAUGCGCGAAAACAAGUUGAAAAUAAAGGAGACUUCUGAGAAUCGAAACACUGCAAGGUGCGUGACUUAAAAGAUUUUCGAAACGUUUUCUCUCAGAAAUGAACUGGAGCAUCUACGGCAGUGUGGCGACCGGUUCAAAGUCUUUGAAAAUGCAAUGGAACUCAUGGAAAAGGAUAUCAAAGUUGUCUGCGGGGAGAAAGUUUGUAUUUGAGAUUGUUUUUAUUCGUCAAUUACGUUUCGCUGACAAGAAAGAAUUUUCCUACUAGCUAUAGCCAAUUCACAACUCGAUUAAGCCAUUAGAAAAAGGUCCUAGCACGAUAAGAAAAAGAAAUAUUAUUUGGUUGGUAGAGAGCGCAGGCGUCUCUAUGCCUCUUCGCGCCUCUUACCAGUCGCAAAUUGCUCAUAAAUUUAGAAGUAAUUGUUGUAUUUUCAGCGGAGAUAGGGAAGAAAUUUUAGUUGUGAUUCAGUAUAACAAUUUGUGUGAGAGUCUCACAAUUUGAUGUAGGUUGCGCCUUCCCAGUAUCUCUUUUGAAUGUUUAUUUCGCUCACAGACAGAUCUGUGGCGUGGAGGAAGAAAACCAUGAAAGUUAUAUUUGCCUCCACUUCGAUAAAGUUCCACUAUAAUCUAGGAAUAUUUUAGGUCGAAAUCGAAGAGAAUCAAAAAGAAAAGUAAUCUAUAAACGAGUUAAAUCAUUUUGUGAUAUUUGCAGGUUUCUUUUGGGAGAAGCCGUUUGGUGAAUUUUAUUUGAACCGAUUCUAGCCUGUUUAUGUCAGAUUGGGUCAUGGAGAGAAUAGCUCCGAUCCAUACUCCAAAAUUGGUAGAAUUUUGGCUUUAUAACAGUUUAUAAAGUUUUCAACGGAAAAGAUUAUUGAUUAUACGAAUGCUUUUUUUUGACUAUUAUGGCGAUAUGAUGAUGCAUUUUCAGAUCGGAACUGAAAUUAACUCCUAAAUCUCUAAUCACCUCUCGAAGGAUUCCUCUCCUAUUCUAUAUUCGUUCCAAACUCCCCUUCUUUUACCAUACCGCACAUAGACGCUUUUAGAGCUAGAAAUAGAGAGUUGCCUUUCUAAAAGCCAGUAUCUUAUUGAGUUAAUAUCUGAUUGCAGCUUGAGGUUAUAAUUAUCAGUUUCUGAGCUUAUGAAUAAUUUUACGUCAUCUGCAUAAAUGAGCAUUUUGCUAUGUUUUACGACACUAGUUAUAUCAUUUAUGUAUAUCAAGAAAAAUAACGGUCCUAAGCAGCUUGAUAUUUAUUCCUAGGGUUUUCAAAUUCCGUUCCCUUUCUCAACUGAAAAAAAGCCGUUUAGAGCUUGAACAAAGUUUUCCUCGAAUAUGAAAGUGUGAAACUAAUGUUUUAAUGUCACUACAUCAUUAUCGUUCAUUUGUACGUAUCUCAGUAAAUCGAAAACAUUGUUUUAAAAAUUAUGAUGAAAUUUCGCCAUUUUUGACUCGCUCAUAAUAUACUAAUUUGAUUCAAAACUUUCAGGAGGAACUGAAGUCGUUAAGGGAAGAACGUGAAGUGUUCGAACAUGAACACAGUGAAACUCUGCGACAGUUGGAUCAGUUGAAACUAACGAAUAAGGUGAGAAUUCCCUUUUUUGUCGUUGAAUGAGCUCGAUGAAACAGAAAAAAUGAACUUUACAGGCGAGUGAGGCAACCGCCGAAGAUGCUCGGGAGGCCCACAAAGCAGCUUUCGCCAGUCACGAACAACGCAAAGAAGAUCUGCAGCAUAGAGCUCAUGAUCUCAAGAAGUUUGCUUCCUUUUUUUUUACGCAACUUUCAUUUUUUUUUUCUCAGUGAGAUACAGUCGAUGAAUUCGAAACAGCCGGCAAUAUCUUCUGAAACUGAGAAAAAGGUGAUUUUUCUUGUUUUUAUUAUGCUAAUUCUGGUUUCUUUUUAGAGACGGGAACUUCACGCCAUGAAAAAUGAAAAAAGCAGAGUUACUCGGGCUGUUCACGAAGAAAUCAGCGAAUACGUGAAUAAAUCAGAAAUCUUCGCUCAGAAGGUUUUUUAUUAUUGUUUUUUUCAGCAUUUUCAUCAAUUCAGGAUCUUGUAGCACGAAAAGUAUGAAAUGUCUUUGAAGAUCAAAGACUAUGGAUUUCUGUUUUUUUGCGUAUAAGAUUCUCAGAAUAUUAGGUCUUAAAAGCGAAACCGAAGGAAUAAUAUAAAAAAAUGAAUUUAAAAAUAGUCAGGGUUUUUUUAUUUAAUUUCCGACCCUGCUUCAAUUCUUACUUAAAAUAGUAAUUUUUUGAAAAGCGCUUUUUUCUCAAUGCCCUUCGACGCUUAUCUCAUGAUUUAUUUCGAUUGCUGUCAUCUGGGUUUGUCUUCCCUAAAGUUCUGACUCACACUUAAAAAUAGAAUUCGAUAUUCAAAUAAAAAUGAUUGUUCUCGUUAAAAACGGCUGAAUUUCAGUACGAGAAAAAGAAAAUCGAGUACGCGGAAAUGGUCAAGACGUUCGAAGAUGCGGUCAUGUCUUUGAAAUACGCUCUGUGCCGACCAAUCGAGGAAUCAAGCAUUCGAGAUAUUUCGUGCACUUUUGAUAAUGUAUAG